UUUCCGUCUAUUUCCAGCUCUUCGAACGCUAGAGAUUUGUUAUACGUACUAUCAUUGCUGUGGUCCUGCUUUAUCGCAUACAUAUUCUUGUUCUUUUGCGAUAUCUUGAAUUGUCACGCGAAUCCACAUGUCAUUCGUUCCUCCUCCUGGCCCUCCAACUCCUUCGGUCCCUGAAGGAUGGAAGGCUCAGUUCGAUGACCGGUAUAAGCAAUGGUUUUAUGUCAACCUGCGUACCGGCAAAUCGCAAUGGGAAUGUCCCGAAGGGCUGGCUCAUGCGGAUAAUGAUGUGCAAGGAUCACAUAGUGGGCCGCCGCCAUCCUAUGAGGCCUCUGGUUCUGCUGAUCGACUUGCUUUGGCUGCCGAUGGUGAUAGGAAACGACUGAACUCAGGGAAUCCGUACCACCCAUCGGAGUCUAGAGACAGUACGUUAGAGGGCGAUGCUCGGCUAGCUGCUCAGUUACAGGCCGAAGAGGAUGCUCGAGCUCGCCCAAUAAGUCCAGCACAAUCCGGUGCUGUGUCCAACUACUAUACUGAGGGCCCUCGGGUGCAGUCUGCAGGGUAUCAAUCUCCCCAGGUCACGCCCCCCGGAUCAAAUCAGCAGCGCAACAGGGGCUUCUUCAGCAAGUUAAUGGGAAGGAGCUCCGGUAGCAGCAGUGCGGGUUAUGGGCGACCACAACAGUCCUAUCGUUACCCUCAGGGCGGAUACUCUGGCGGCUAUCCCCCGCAGCAGGCAGGAUAUGGUUAUCCUUCGUAUCCGGCCCAAGGUAACUAUCAUGCUCCGCAGCAGCCGCAACAACAGCAACGGCGGAAUCACGGGAUGGGAACGGCAGGCGCUGCAGCGUUAGGGGUUGGCGGCGGUCUUCUCGGUGGCUUGUUACUGGCGGAUGUCGCCGAAGACUUCUCGCAUGAUUUUGAUUCCCCGCCUCCUCCCGACUUUGGAGGUGGUGAUUUCGGAGACGGAGAUUUCGGCGGCGGCGACGACUUCGGAGGGGGUGGCGAUUUUGGCGAUUUCUAGACCACUCUGCGACAUUUUAUGGGCAUUGAGAGCCAAAUAGCUGACGCCUUGUAAUUCAUUGUUUCUGUUGUAUUUUAACCCCAU